AUGUAUAAGGGCAAGAUCCGCGCACCCCGACGAGUCGGUGGUGUCGCACGCGCCGUGGGCGGCGUGGACGAUUUCGAAGAGAACUGGGGCCUCAUCCGCGACGCCCUCGACGACAUCCACAACCAAAACGCCGGCAAGCUGUCCUUUGAGCAGCUGUACCGCGCCUCGUACAAGAGUGUCCUCAAAAAGCGCGGCGAGGAGCUCUACAACCGGGUCAGGGGGUUCGAGGAGCGGUACUUUGCCGACAAGGUCAUCUCGCUGAUCUGGCCGCUGGUGACGCAGGGGCUGGUGGCCGUCAGUCUGCACAAUGCCGCCAGCACAACGGCACACAGUCGACGCGGGAUGGGCGAGCGGUUGCUGCGCGGGCUCAAGGAGACCUGGGAGCGGCACAACAUGUCGAUGAACAUGGUGGCGGACGUGCUGAUGUAUCUGGACCGCGACGCGCAGGACUCGAACCGGCCCUUUAUCUACGCGACGACGAUUGGCCUCUACCGCGACCACAUCCUGAAAGCACCGCUCCCACCAUCCAUAUGGAACCGCCAGUCCGACCAGUUUGCGGGCAGCUGUGCGGAGGGCCAAGCUCCCGCCAGCGGCAUCAACGGAUCCGGCGGCACCAGCGCAACCAGCGGAACCAGCGGCAGCGCCUCCUACCACCACCCCACCAUCUACACGACCCUCGCGGCCGUCGUGCUCGACCAGAUCAACAUGGACCGCGACGGCGAGAUUGUCGACCGGCCGCUCCUGCGAAGCUGCGUGGCGAUGCUUGAGGCGCUGUACGAGACGGACGAGGAGCAGGAGGACGAGAAACUCUACUUGACUUUGUUCGAGCCGCAGUUCCUGCAGGCGACGACCGACUUUUACAAGGCCGAGUGCGAGCGGCUGCUGCGGGACGGCGACACGCGGGUCUGGCUGCGGCAGACGCGGCAGCGGCUGCGCGAAGAGCACGACCGCUGCGGCCACACGGUGUCGCAGGAGACCUUGCAGAAGACGGCGCGCGUGCUCGAGGCGGAGUUGAUUGCCGCGCACCUCGAGGAGUUUCUGGCCAUGGACGGCACGGGCCUCAAGGCCAUGGUCGACGACGAGCGCACCGACGACCUCGCCAUCCUCUACGACUUGGUGGGCCGCGUCGAGAGCAAGCAGGUCGUGUUGCGGAACGCGCUGCAGGUGCGCAUCAUUGAGAUGGGCGUCGACGUCGAGAAGACGCUGCGCGAGACGGACUUUUCGGUGGCCGGCGAGGCGCCGCUGUCGGCGUCGGCGCAGCAGACGGCGGCCGCCAUCAAGUGGGUCAACGACAUCCUGGACCUCAAGGACAAGUUCGACCGGCUGUGGCGGGACUGCUUCCAGCAGGACCUGGCCAUCCAGUCGGCCAUUGCCAGCAGCUUCACCGAGCUGUUCCGGCUGUGCACGCGCAGCGCCGAGUACGUCUCGCUGUUCAUCGACGACAACUUCAAGCGCGGCCUGCGCGGCAAGAGCGACGCCGAGGUCGACGCGGCCCUCGACAAGGCGACGGUCAUGGUGCAGCACGUGACGGAAAAGGACAUGCUGGAGCGCUACUACCAGAAGCACCUGGCGCGGCGGCUGCUGCACAACAAGAGCGAGAACCCCGAGGCCGAAAAGCUCAUGAUCUCGCGCAUGCAGUCGGAGCUCGGCAAGGCCUUUACCAGCAAGUUUGAGGGCAUGUUCAAGGACAUGGCGACGUCCGAGGAGCUGACGCGCGACUAUGCGAGCUACGUGCAGAAUCUGGGGUCGACCGAGACGGCCGAAUCCUCUACGGCCGACGAUGCGGACGGGGAUGACGCGGAUGGCGCGGACGACGGCGUGGGCGCCGACACAGCGCGCAUCGACCUCGGCGUCAACGUGCUGACCAGCAACAACUGGCCCCCCGAGGUCAUGGGCCGCUCGUCGCAGCUGGAGGCGGGCCUGUCGAGCGCGCCGGCCGGCUGCACCUACCCGCCCGAGAUCCGCCGCCUGCAGGCCAGCUUCCUCAAAUUCUACCUGCGCAACCGCAGCGGCCGCGUGCUCUCGUGGGUCGGGUCGGCCGGCAGCGCCGACAUCCGCUGCGUCUUCCCGCGCAUCCCCGGCCACGACAAGGGCCCGCUGAGCCGCGAGCGCCGCUACGAGAUCAAUGCGCCGACGCACGGCAUGAUUGUCCUGCUGCUCUUCAACGAGCUGCCGGCCCGCGACGACGGCUCGACGCCGGCGCUGUCGUUUGACGAAAUCCAGGGCCGCACCAACAUCCCCGCCGCCGACCUCACGCGCGCCCUCGCUUCGCUGUGCAUCCCGCCCAAGUGCCGCGUGCUCCUCAAGAGCCCCUUGACCAAGACGAUCAAGCCCACCGACACGUUUGCGUUCAACGCCCAGUUCACCAGCAAGUCCCUCAAGAUCAAGGUGCCCGUCAUCAACGCGCUGUCCAAGGUCGAGGGCGAGGACGAGCGCAAGGCCACCGAAGACAAGAACAACCAGACGCGCUCGCACACCAUUGACGCCGCCGUCGUGCGCAUCAUGAAGCAGCGCAAGGAACUGAUGCACACGGCGCUCGUCACCGAGGUGGUCACGCAGCUGGCGAGCCGGUUCCGGCCCGAGGUGGCCAUGGUCAAGAAGCGCAUCGAGGACCUGAUUUCGCGCGAGUACCUGGAGCGCAUCGAGGACUCGGAGCCGGCGGCGUACCGGUAUGUUGCGUGA